AUGCUUAAAGGUACAGCUGUGUUUAUUUUUGUAAAUGAGAAGUUACUGUCAAAUACAAUAUAAUACGUGUCAUAUUACUUUUAAUAUCGCCGUCGAAAUGCAUCUCGUAUUUAUUUCGCAAGUGAAGCUGCCAUCACCAUGAUUGCACAGCUGAACGAGUCACCACUUGCAAAUAGUCUAUACAGAAAAUGCCGGUAAUAAGAAACGAACAAGUGUCGCAGUAUAUCAAAACUGAUCACAACUGUUUUUAAUUUCCUUAAAUGAGAAAUUAUUGAAUAUACCAUAAUCUUACCUUCGAUGUACUAAAAGUAUGGCUUCUCGAGCUCUAAAGAAAUAUAUCUUCUUUCUUUGUUUUCCCUUAAUAUUCAUAUUUUUAAUGUAUCGAUCCUUCACACCAUGUUCUGUUCAAUCAAGUGAUGGUGUUAUGGUAGCUGCACAAAGGUACAUCAUGGGAAAAGAUUCUAAGAAAUAUGUUUACAAUAGAAGUAUGCCCAUAAUUUUCAUUGGAGGAAUGCCUCGAAGUGGGACCACUUUGCUUCGUGUUAUGUUAGAUGCUCAUCCAGAUGUUCGAUGUGGAGAAGAGACACGUGUUAUUCCACGAUUGUUGAGUCUUAAACAACAAUGGCUAAAAUCUCCUGUUGAAUCAAAAAGACUUGAAGAAGCAGGUAUAAGUGGUGAUGUUUUGGAUAAUGCUGUAGCAUCUUUCACUCUUGAAAUUAUUGCUCGCCAUGGUGAACCCGCUCCUCGGUUGUGUAACAAAGAUCCAUUCACUCUGCGUUCUGCUGUGUACCUGCAUUCAUUGUUUCCUAAAGCCAAAUUCAUUUUACUUAUUCGUGAUGGUAGAGCCGUUGUACAUUCAAUCAUAUCCAGAAAGGUUACAAUAACAGGCUUUGAUUUAAAUGAUUAUCGACAAUGCUUGCAAAAAUGGAAUUCUGCCAUGUCUGCUAUGUACUCCCAAUGUCUUAGCUUGGGCCCUGAUAUUUGUAUGCCAGUUCAUUAUGAACAAGUAGUUUUGCAACCCAGGCCUUGGAUGGAAAGCCUUUUAAAAUUUCUAGAUAUACCUUGGAAUGAAUCUGUUUUACAUCAUGAAGAAUUAGUUGAUAAACCAGGUGGAAUAUCCAUAUCAAAAUUGGAAAGAUCAUCAGAUCAGGUUAUUAAGCCCAUCAACAUUGAAGCUUUGACUAAAUGGGUUGGUCAAAUUCCUGAAGAUGUUGUCCGUGAUAUGGCAAACAUAGCUCCCAUGCUACAGACUCUAGGUUAUGACCCAAAUGCUAAUCCUCCAGAUUAUGGUAAACCAGAUCAAUUUGUUUUAAAGAAUACAAAUUUUAUAAAGAAGAAUGAGCAGUUAUAUGCAUCAAAAGAAAAAGAACUACAAAAGCAAAGAGAUCUUUUAAGAAAAAUAUACAACCGUAACAAGGCAGCUCAAAAGAGUGGCAGCAACAGUAAUUUUGAAGUAAAAGGAAUCAAUGAUAAAAUCACUUGAAAUAAACAUUUGAGAGCAUAAAUUGCAUUAUUAAAUGUGAUCUGUUGAUAUGGACAUCAUGUGCACAGAAAUACCAGCAACACUGAUCUUCCAUCUGACCAAUGUCUGUUUGCUCUCAUUUUAAUUGUUAGAAUUACAGUUAUAUAUAAAUUUUUAAUAUUUUGAAAUGAAUUGCAUGCUCUGCAUGUAUUUUUUUUAAUAUAAAAUACUGACGGUAGGAUAAAUGAAUUCUAAAGUUGCAUUUAUGUCCUAAGUCUCAUAUUUUAUAUGUCUGAAAAUGCUAGUCAUUAAAUAUUUAGAUCUGAAGUUUCUGAAGAAUGUAUUUUUGUUUAUAUCAUACAGGAGCUAUUUAUUUUUUACAUUUGUUUUUACACCAUGUACUUGAAAGAAUUGUUCAGAGGAAUCAGCCAACAUAAUAAGCUGUGCAUUUUGUGAAAACUUUCUGUUGUAAAAUCCUUAAAUUAUUAUUGACCAUUUAUCUGCCUCAUUAAAGAUCCUUUGUUACCUUGUAUUUUAAAUUUCUUUUCUUUGUCUUUCAUUUGUAUGUUAAAAAUGUGAUAUUAAAUACAGCAUAAGUUCUUAUGCUGUAUUUAAUUGUAAAGUUUAAAAAUUUCUGUACAUAUCAUUUGAUAAUAAAUAUAUAUAUGUAUAAUUUUGUAAUUAUAAUAAUCCACAUCAGCAUGGAAUGAAAAAUUGAUUUGUAAUUUGUGAAUUUUUCCCUCAAAAGAGGGUACAUGUAAAAAACAUUGUUAGGAAUUUUAUUUUUUAGAGUGAAGUAUUUUAUUGCAUGGUUUUUAGAUAAUAUGCAUUUAUGAUAUUAAGUACAUAAUGCAUAUUAAAUUAAAUACAUAAUACUACUAGAUUUAAAUAUCAGUAUUUCAGAUAAAAAAAGUAUUUUUUUUAAAAAAAUAAGGGAAAAAAAGCAAUUUUCUUUAAAUAUCUGCAUUUACUUCAUAACAGCAUUUAAAUAAAAAGCAUGUCAUAGAAUUUUCAUUUUUUUAGCUGCUUUUAAAUUUUAUUUUCUAAAUUUAAUAUCAAAUAAUCAUUUAUAACUAGUCUUUUCGUGUCAUUAUUUUCCAACUGAAACUUCUGCUUUAAAUAUACGUUUAUUACACUUUCCUUUGCAUCAUUGCAAGAAAUUCUCUGCAGCCAAAAAAAGAUGUGUAGCAUUUGUGCAUUUAUAUUGCUAAAAGAGAGAGUAAUGAGUUUUUAUAAAAUUUUGUUAAAAUAAAAUAUCAAAUCUUUUUGUAAUUCAAACUCCCAAUCAUCAUCAUCAAAAAAAUGAGAAAACAUUUGACACAAUUUAUUGUACCUCAUUAUGUUUUUUGCUAAAAUGAAGUAUUUUUUUACUAUAUAUACAUGCUUAUUGUGCACGAAUUUUAUUUUUUCUGCACGGUGUAAGGGUUUUAUGAAAUGCUUUUUUUCUAAUUUUUUUUUUUUUUAAUAAAUGCAACAUUGGUUACUUAAUAUUUAUCUAAUUGCUCUAAAUUUGUUUGAUAUACAAAAUUAUUUUCUUGACAAUUUAUUGCCCAGUUUUUUCUGAAUUCAUCAAUUGAUCUAUAAAAAAAGUAUGAAAUUUUAUACUUUUGUUAUAUAAAUAAUUAAGUAGAAAUUUCGAUUUUAUAAGCAAGGUCAAUUUAUUAUAAUGUUAUAGAUG